GAGAGCGAGAGCGAGAGAGACAGACAGGGGCGAAAAAGUAUUAAAGACAAAGGAACCGGACAGGCUUCAGGAAAAGCAAACCCAGCUCAGUUAGUUUUUCAGACCGCCGUGUAAAGGUUCGGCGGUGCCGCCGCCGGCUGGUACCGGGCGGUUCACGAGGAAGCGUCAUGCACAGCAUUCUGGUGAUGGAAAGUCCCGUAAAACAGUGGUGACCGGAGGGGAGGAGGAGGAGGGGGGGGGACACACAACUGUCAACGCGCGCAAACACCCACAGGAUGGAGGAAGUGGAAACGCACGACGGAGGGAUGACAAGUUGAUUUAUGAUUUUGUUGGAGAAUCCUAUUUUUAUCGUCCCCUUUUUUUUCCUACUUUUCUGUCCUGAAAUCUACCUUCUUGGUCUGACUGCUGACGAGAGAGGCGGCGUCUGUUUACCUUCCUCCUCCUCCUCCUCCCCCCCGACGGCCUACCUAGCAGCACACAGGCCCCUCUCUUCCCAGAGGUUGAGGGGCUGCCAUGGGAACGGCCGUCCUGCCACCGAUGUAGCGUCCUGAAAGCGGUAGCUGUGGAGGUAGUGGUGGAGCUGGAGGAGGAGGACGUGGCGGUGAACGUCCGGGGAUGGGGAGUACUCGAUAUCCAGCCGGUGAGUGGAGGGAGAAGGGCCGAGGUGGACUGCAGGAGCUGGGCUGCAUGCCCUGGAAGGUCAGCAAGCAGAAGGCGGGGGGUGGAGGAGGAGGAGGGGAGGUGGCUGUGGGAGCAGAGGAGAGGAGGUGCAAGGAUCCGAGGGACGGUCAGCCUCAGCAGGAUCUCUCGUCCUCCUCUUCCUCCCUCAGCCCGCCGGCUCCGCAGCAGACGUCUCCAACGACUCCGGCCAUAUAUCACGAGAAGCAGCGGCGGGAGCUGUGCGCUUUGCACGCGCUCAAUAACGUCUUCCAGGACGGGACAGCCUUCAGUCGGGACACUUUGCAGGAGAUAUACCAAAGGCUUUGUCCGAGCACCAUGGUUACGCCUCACAAAAAGAGCAUGCUGGGAAAUGGGAACUAUGAUGUAAAUGUCAUCAUGGCAGCCCUGCAGACCCGAGGGUUCGAGGCCGUUUGGUGGGAUAAAAGAAGGGACGUAGGCAGAAUUGAGCUGUCCAACGUGGAGGGCUUCAUCCUAAACGUACCGUCCAAUCUGCGCUGGGGUCCCCUCCGGUUGCCACUCAAACGCCAGCACUGGAUUGGAGUCAGGGAGGUGGGCGGAGUCUAUUACAACUUAGACUCUAAGCUACGCAACCCUCAGCCUAUUGGCAGUCCUGACGAGCUCAGGAAGUUUCUCUGUCAGCAGCUACGAGGGAAGAACUGUGAACUCCUGCUGGUUGUCUCAGAAGAGGUGGAGGCGCACCAAACAUGGCGCUCCGAUGGCUAAGAGUUAAAGCAGCCGCUCACAUCAGCCAACCGAGCCCGUCGCAGGAGGAACCGGACAGGAAGCAGCGUUGCGCACAGCCAGUCGCAUCAAUGCACCCCUGCAGCGGUAGUUCUCUCCCCAACCCACCCCUCCACGCCUCUUUUCUUGGGUUUUGUUUACACGGCCAUUGCUGAACACUCGAACGAUGUGAGACACAAAGUAAUGAAGGAGGCAAACACUUUGCAGAGAGAAUCAAAGAGUCUCAGCCCGUUCUUUUUUUUUUUUUUUGUAUCAGUUUCCUUAAUUUUCUCAAGUUUCCAAAGUUGUCGGGGGUGUUUUGAAUCUUGGAAAAAAAUCUGAUUUUUACGUUGGGAUGUUCACUAUUCUGUGACUUUUUUUUUUCUCCUUUUUUUUUUUUUCUAAUGUUUUGAUUUACUUUAUUUGCCCUUCCUUAACUUCUCACCAAAGUGCAUCCUUGCUACACGGUUACUAUUCUUCUCCCCCUCCUCUCUAUCUUGUCAAAUCACAGCAACAAAGCAAUGCAACACUCAGGCCAAGUACUCCCUCUAGUGGAUAUUUGCUUCAGCUUGUUUAUAACGGUUGGUAACGUCAAUCAUUUAGUGUUUUAAGAAUCCUUCUCACUGCAAAGGCUUCUGUAAAAGAAAGAACAUAUGUUUAUUGUUUAAAAAGUAUUGCACUACACACGAAUAUCAUCCAUUGGGGGGGAAAUAAACGUGCUAAAGACUGGCUUCCCUUUUGGACAAAGUGCAACAAAAUCCACCAAUGGCAAUUAGCGUUGUGUGAGUAAUGCUGCUUAAUGACUUCUUCAGAUUUAAGGUUUACCUGCAACACUUUUACUGAACGAGUUAAUAUAAACCUACUGACUGAAUGAUCAACAAUUAAAAUCCUUACUUUACCGUACACUAAAAGUUGAUAUGCGAGCUCUUUACCACUCAAAUGCCUCUUGUUGCCAGGGCUCAUUUUAUUUUUUUUACCUUACGUUUGCCUCACUGAUUCCUCCAAAGGGUCCCCAUCACAGCAGCCCUCCGUAGCACAGGAACUAAGCAGAUAAAGGGCUUUUCAUCAUUGUCCUCUUAAGAUUUUUUGUUUAUGUCAAAACACAGCAGCCAAAUAUAGCUUUAAUAGGAAAUCAUUGACUGUCCCUAUAAGUUAUUGGCUCUAAAUUGGAGGAAUCUCAGUCUAAGGAACUGUUUUGUUUUUGUUUUUUAGCUGGGUGAUGAAAGUUAUUAGCUUGUAAAUGUGAAAGGACCUAAAGAGGGAAAUGUUUUUGAGAUGCUAAUCCAGAAAGUAGAAUGAAAAGGGAAAGUUGUCGGCGAAGUCAAGGAACAGAUGUCAACACACCCUGUCGUUGUGUCUAAAGAAAGAAGGAUGUAGUUUGUGUGAUUAUAUAUAUAUUUUUCAUCCUAAUCAUGAAACUCUUUAUACUAUACAUUUGUCUAAACAUUGUUUAGGACUAAUGUUGGCCUUAACGUGUUUACAUAAAAAGUUCCUGAACAAUUUAGAGUGGAUUUUGUUGUUUGGCGCCAAAUCGGCAGAUAAAAUCCAAAGCAGCAGUUUAUGACGACUAGAAAAGAGGAACGGCUAAAGCCCUUCCAUUUUUUUGCAGAACAGCUAUUCCACGAUGACCUUUCACUUCUGCCAAGGAAUUUGUUACACAAAAUCUGUAAAAACUGUUUUUUUGUUUUUUAAAUAAGCAAUCAAAAGAUCCAAGUUGUGCAUGUUUUAUUUCAUUUUUGAAACAACAUUGUCAUACUCCGGGCAUGUCUAGAAUCCUUUAAUGUCACAGUGUAUCCAUGUGAACCUGCGUCGAACUGAACACAGACACGGCGACCCCGAGCAGCACGUUUGCAUUCAUUCGCCUUUGCUUUAUUGCCACGACAAUCCAUUAAGUCCUUCCUCUCGAGGAAUCCUUAUCGUCAGUGUACUUUAUUUUUUCAUAAAAGAAAUAAAAACGGCUCAUAUUGGCACGUCA